UUAGGCUGAAACCUAAUAUUAUUUUCCAAUAUCUCUUUUAAAUGUCUCCUUCUACUGCUUUUUACUCCAAGAACCAUUUGGAAAAAAUAUCAUGGAGAUAAUUAAAUAGGUAUUACGAAAAAUAAGAUUAAACGAUAAGUAAUACUUAUUAUGUUUAAGUAUUUGUUAUGUAAUUUUCUAUUAUUACUAACAGAAAAAGGGGUCCACAGAUUUUGCAUCACACAUUAAUAUAUAUUUGUAGCUGUGUGGAUAGUGUUAAUUGAUUUCAAAUUUAAAGUAAAUUUCAACAGAUUCUGAUUAUCUAACUUGUUAUUGCAUAUUUUAUUUUGUACUUUGUUAUGAUUUUGUCAGGUGUGAAAUUAAUUACUUUUGAUGCUACAAAUACUCUGUUAAAAUUUAAAAAACCUCCAUGGGACUACUAUACAGCUGUUGCUCAGCAAUUUGGUUACACUAUAGACAAUGAAAGAGUAAGAAUACAAUUUCUGGAUAGUUUAAAUAAAUUAAGUAAUGAACAUCCAAAUUUUGGGAGAAAAUCUAUAAAAUGGGAAAAGUGGUGGAGGUGUAUUGUCCAAUUAACAUUUCAAGAUACUAUUCCCAAUGAUAAAAUAACAGAAAUUGGAAAUAUUUUAAUUCAUGACUUCACAACAUCAAAGUGUUGGUGUCCCGCUAAAGGUGCUGAAGAGUUAUUGCAAUAUUUACAUAAAAAAAAUGUCUGUGUGGGUGUAAUAUCUAAUUUUGAUCCUCGCCUUCAUCAAAUAUUAUGUAACUUUAAAAUAAAGUCAUAUUUAAAGUUCAUUUUAACAUCAUAUGAAAUAGACUCUAGUAAACCUAACAAAAUUAUAUUUGACCGAGCACUCAAGCAAUCUAUGUCAAAUGUAAGCCCAUUUGAAUGCCUUCACAUUGGAGAUAAUUUAGAAAAAGAUUACCUGGGUGCAAAGAAUGCUGGUUGGCAUGCAAUACUUAUUAAUGAAAACAUCACAGAAAAAGAUAUUAAUUUGUUGAAUCUCACUGAAACUAGUCACAAUCAAAUUUUGUUUAAUAAUUUGGAGGAGCUCAAUGAUACAUUAAAGAUUAAAAUGGAUAAACAUUGAAUGGAAGCAAUAAUAAUAUCUAGUAACCAACUAAGCUAUAUCACUGUUUAAAUUUUAAUGUCCUGUUAAUUUUACAUAAAAAAAACUAUCUGAUGGUAGUUUUUGUUGUUGUGUGUUUGUUGUGUUAAUUAAAAUGUAAUAAAUAA